UAGCAGGAGUCAAUUGGACCGUUACUCCACCACCUCAAAACACCCCAUUUUCUCCCUCUCUCUUCACAAGACAGCCAUGACCGUCGCGAGUGUGGCCACUUAUCACGCGAAGAAGAUCAUGAAGCUCACUCUUUCCAUUUUUAGCCCACGCUUUAGCUCCUCUAAAUGCAAAACGGCGGCGACGAUGGCGGUGGCGAGGAAAAAGUUGCUGAGGAAAAAGAGAGAGGUGGUGGUGAGGCAAAUGAGGAGAGACAUUGCAAUGCUUCUCCAGUCUGGUCAAGACGCCACUGCUCGUAUCCGGGUUGAGCAUGUGAUAAGAGAACAGAAUGUCUUGGCUGCAAAUGAGUUUAUUGAGCUCUUCUGUGAGUUAGUUGUGGCCAGACUUACUAUAAUUGCAAAACAAAGGGAAUGCCCAGCGGACCUGAAAGAAGGGAUUGCUAGUUUAGUAUUUGCAUCCCCAAGGUGCUCUGAAAUUCCAGAAUUAAUGGCAAUGAGGAAGAUAUUUGAGAAGAAGUAUGGGAAAGAUUUUGUAUCUGCAGCCAUUGAUCUGCGACCCAAUUGUGGUGUAAAUAGAAUGUUAAUUGACAAGCUUUCUGUUAGAACUCCUACUGGUGAAGUGAAGUUGAAAGUUAUGAAGGAAAUUGCAAAAGAACACCAGAUCGAGUGGGAUACAGCAGAAUCUGAAAAGGAGCUUCUCAAGGCUCCUGAGGAGCUUAUUGAAGGACCUAACACUUUUGUUAGUGCUACAAGGUUACCUAUUAAGCCAUCUCCAGUUAAAACUGCCGAAACAAGCAAUCCAACUAUCAUAUCAACUACAGAAGGAGCAAUGGGCAGUACGCAAUUUGAAGACACUACAUCUGCUGCUGAAGCAGCAGCGGAAUCUGCGAAGCAAGCAAUUGCAGCUGCACAUGCUGCUGCUUAUCUAGCCAACAAGAAUUUCAAUCCUGGAUUUGCGGUGCUUUCUGGCAAUUCCAUGGCCAUUGCAAAUGAUCUCCAGAUCAAUCAAUUUAAGGGACCUGGGAGGUUACGUGAACCCCAGAGUUCUUCUGAUAGGUCUCAUUAUGUAAGCAAUGAGGAGGCAAGAUCAGUGCAGAUGGAUGGUGAACAAAUUUAUAGGAGACAUAGUUACAAGGAGACAAGGCCAAUCCAGAUGGAUGGCCAAAAUGUCCACAGGAGACACAGCUACAAUGCCUCUUCUCCAAAUUCAGAAAUAAAGUUUGAUGAAUCAGACUGUGAUGAAGGGAUUGAAAUGGAAGAUUCUCCAGCUGGCAUUUAUCCACCACCACCUGAGCGGCCUGCACCUCCAGUACCUUCAUCUCAUGUUGACUCAGCUCCUCGAGUUCAUCCUAAAUUACCAGAUUAUGAUGCACUCGCUGCUCGCUUUGAAGCUCUGAAGUAUCACAAGUCACAAACCUAGAAUUCAAAGUGCCUGGUGCAUCAUUUUUGAAGCUCUGAAUCAUCCUGAAUCACAAACCUAGUUAUGGAUGAACCUACAUAUGAUAUAUACAUAACAAAUUUUAAUAUUCAUAAAAAUUUAUCACUACCGUUGAUUUUUAUCUUUUCAAAUUAUGUUUUCAUCUCUGACGCAUACCAUAUGUGAUUCUUUUUCCUUUUCAUUUUUUAAUAUUGUAAUACCAGAAGGAAAUAGAGCUUUGAAUUAAUUUAAUAAUGGCUGAAUAGCCAAAUACAAUAUUCAAUAACAAUAACAAUUUCAGUAGCUC